CCGGCUGGCGCUCGAUAGAGUACGCUACAGCGGCGCAGCGUUGGGCACGAGUCAGGGGCACAGUUCAAGGUCUCCAGCGCGUCAUCGCGCCGAGCCGGCCACGGCGUGAAUGAAGCCGGACCAGGCGCUCCGCUACAAGGAAGCCGAAGUGUCUUAGAAGCUAACUAUUUUCUGUUGCUGAAACAGUAGUAUACAGUGAAGCUGAAACAUCUAAAUGGAUUUGUGUCCUGACAAAUAUUAGGAAAUAUGAUGUCAUCACAUUCCAGUUUUAUCCUGGCGUUCAUUUUAACGAUCUUUACGUAUUACUCGUCAGCUUCCUACAAAUUUAUUCGAGAGGAUCAUGUUUUUGAAGAGUGCAACAUUAUGUCACAGUGUGAUGAUAAUGGUGCAGAAAUUGGUACUAGCAACUUCACCGUAACUGACUUUAACACAGGUAGUGUAAAAGUACUCUUGCCAGGAAGUUUUGAAAGACAACUAACCUUGUAUACUUGUGAAGGUACUGAUCCUGAAGAUAUUCUCUAUUUGCACUCAAUAUAUAACUGUGAAAUGCCCAGUGAGAAUGUGUCAUCAGAGUGCAGUUACCAAGAAGUUAUUCUUCAUUACCUUUUUACAAGCUGCUAUUGUCUAUGCAAUAAUAACAAUGUCAGCGUAGCUUAUGGUUGUGUUCAGACAAACUAUACAGAUGAUGCACUGAAAAAAGACUGUAGUAACAAAGCGGAAGCUGUUUUAGUCCAAGAGAAAUACACUCUCAUUUCUCUCAACAUCACACCAUUUCUACAUAACAGUGUAUUAAAGUUCUUUGUGGAUGAUACAAUAAACUGUACGAGGGCACCAAACAAUGAUGACUUUUGGUGGAGUGUAGAGAUAAAAGAAGAUCAGAAUGAUGAUGUCAUCACAGAGAAGAAUGAAACUCAAAACAGAACUGUUGACUGUGCUAUUGUUCUGAAUGAAGAAGUUGGCAUACGUCAGUUACAUUGUGAAGUUAACCGGACAGACAUAUCAUGCAUAAUGGUCAUGAGACAGAAGAGUAACAAUCCCAUUAAUGAUGAGUACUGUAACCAAAAAAACGUUACCUACACAAAAAUAGACCAUUUGCGACCCUAUGACAAUGUAGAACGUACAUUUCCGGCAGCUGAUGUAUCAAGAACUAUAUGUACGUUGUUCCUGAUGAUUAUCCCCUUAAUAGGAGUUGUUUGUGUUUACCUCAGACUGUAUUUCUCAAAUGAGGAGGACAAAGAAAAAGAGAAAGAUCCAGAGAGGCCAGAACCUCUUCCAUAUUUAAAAUGUAAGGUGUUACUUUUAUAUCCUCAGGAUUGUGAUUCUUUCAUGGCUACAAUGAAAAGUCUGAAAAUUUUUUUGCAGAGUUUUAACUGCUUUGAGGUAUAUGAUUACUUUGAUCCCAAGAGGUUUGGAGAAAUAGCAUGUGAUCCACAGGGAUGGAUCAGCAGCCUACUUUCACAUAAAGAUGUGAGGAUAAUUCUAGCAGAAACUGAUACUGCUUUGCUCCAUCAACUAGCUAUUGCAAAGAUAUGUGUUGUGAACUAUGUUUCACCUUUGCCAUAUAGCAAUCUUUUUGCAUAUGGUUUACAAAAUCUUCUGCAGAGUCUCAGACCACAGGAAUAUAGUCGUAUUUUUUUGAUAAGAUUUGAAGAUAUUACUCAAGACAAGGAAAUCCUUAAGCUCUCUAGAUAUCAGAGGUAUAAACUUCCAGAACAUGUCAGAAAUCUUAUUUCCCAUAUGAGCAACUGUAAUCUGAUUCCUUUCAAAGAAAUAGAGGAAUCAAUUGAAAUGAGAAGGCUAAAGCAUUCCAUAGAUAAAUUCAGACAAUUCCAACAACAGAAUCCUACUUAUCAUACAAAAAUAUGUGACAACCUAACAAAACUCAUUUAAAUUCCAUCCAUGAAAUCAAGAGGGGAAGUGUGAAAUGGAUCUAUUACUGCCAAGCAGGUGAAAGAUCUACCAGAAGUCGGAGUGAAAAAUGAAGAAAGUGACUUACAUUAUGAACUGUUCAGGGAGAGAAUAAAGAGCAGUGAUUACAAAAGCAGCAUGAGACUGAAAUAUUUGUGUAUCAUUGUCAGCACACCUCAAAUGAGUUCCAGUACAUGCAAAACGCUCAUUAUUUCAUUCAUGUAAAUAACAGAAUGGCUCUUGCAGGCAGUGCUACUUUAACUAUUGGAGAAAUGAAAAUGUGCAUUGCCAGAAGCUCGAUCUUUGGAUCUACUGUUUUCAGCACACAACUAUAUCAUGUGAAGCUGUAUUAAGUGUGGUUUACCCAGAAGCAAAUGUAGCAACACACACAUUAACCCAUUUUCAGCACUGACUUGCCCUGUGUGAUGUUUUUCCCAGUUUCUUCAUCUUGCCAUUUAUUGUUUCACACUUCCUGCCAGUGAUGAACACUGGUAUACAGCUGACACAUUUUGCGGCCAUAUUGACAACAUUUUGAGACUAGAGCAGGCUCUUCUUUGGAACUGUCAUUGUUUGAAUAAUUUGAAACCUUGUUCUUUCUUCCUGUAGCAUGCUCCCCAUUUAGGGUGACAGAUUUCUUGUUUUGCACAGAAUUACUUGCUAAGGUUUUCUUGUUUCUUACAAUCAAAACAAUCUUCCAGCUUCUUGUUGUAUGUGUAGCUGGUCAGUACUGUGCUCCCUUCCCAUUUCUACUAGCGAGAUGGGUUUUCCACUUUUAGUACUGGUCUAAUGUCCUUCAAAGGGUGGAGAUGGAAACAGUAUUUCAUAGGGAAGGAGACUCAGGAAGGAGUGCAACAUUAUCAUCCACUUCCAGCCAGAAGUUUUCAUUUUGUGUAGCAUUUGAUAGAUGUUGGAUUUGGAUUCUUGUUCAGGCAUUUGGAAGUUCAUUGUACACAUUUAUUUUUUCUAGUUGCCUGUAUUAAGGGCUUCAGUAAUACAGUCAGUUUCAUUGAGAAUAGCAUCACUGAAAAGGAAGAUAUUUCCAGUGUAAAAUCCUCUGAUGACAUUAGAUGUUGUUGAUGCCCUCAUAAAAAUAUUUUGCAUCAGAUUAUCAAUUUCAUAACUGUGGCACUAUCCAGACAUUAGUUGCAUAAAACUACCUUCAUGUCCCAUGGUUGUGAAAAGUGUUAAAUGCUUCAUAAAUACCACAUUGUAAGGCAGCAUUUUGUAAAUGCUAUGUAGUGGCAAGUGACCUGUGAUGAAGUAUUUUUGCUGUUUGGUAUGUAAAUAGUGAGUAUCUAAAGUACAGGUAAGAGGAUCUUCAACUGAAAGUUUCAAAAAGGAAGCAAAUAUUUUCCAUCCAGUGACAGAAAAGAUCAUACUAGAACCAUUCUGACUGAUGGAACCUUGCAGUGUUCAAGGAGAAUCUCCUUUCAUUAGGUUAAUAUCAUUUUUUCUUGCUAUGGAAAAUGAUCGUGGGAGAAACAAACUGACCGCCUACCUUGCUCAUCCACCGCAGGUGACAUUCAUGUUGGUUUUGCUUUUUCUUCAUUCCACUUUCUAAUAUUACCCAUAGAUGAUAAUUGAGCACAUACUAAGAUGCCGAAGUGCUUAAUCUGCUAUUGUGACACUCACCUGAAAAACUGAAGUUAAGAAAAGUAUUUUUACAAAAUAUUACGCCACUGGAAUAUUCUUUUAAUAUUCUCUUAAACUGUAUUAACUAACGGAGAUUCAGUUAUGCCUAUGUGGUCAUUACCCAGUCAAAAUUGAAGAAAAUUAUGAACAAACUGGAAAAAUACAUUGCUGUCUUUAUCACCGAAAAGGAAUCAUUGCUAGCCCAUUGACUAGGGGCACCCAAAAGCUGAAAGUUGAAGUUGACUGCACCAUGGAUUCCACACAACUUGCAGAUCUAUAUCUGUAUUGAGAUAUUUUAAUGAUUUUACUAACUUAAAUUAUUCUUUGAACAUUACCUCACAUUUAUUAAGGCUAUUAACAACGCUGCUUUCACCUCAUUUUCCUUUAUUUACUCAAUUCCACCCAGUCUACAUGAAAUUCUUAUCUCUCCAAGGUCUUUACUCAUUUGUGCUCAGGUGAUGGCAAAGGAAACCCUAGUCUGUUUUUAUUAUUUUUCCUGUGAAAUUCUAUCAGUUAAACAACAAUAUGAAUCUUUUCCUUGAUUUUUAAGCUACUGUGAACACACUUUCUAGAUUUAUAAGAUUUUUCAACUAAACUUCUUUCUCUGAAUGCCCAGUAACUGUUCUUUCACAUAUGUCUUAAAGAACUUCUUUAUUUAUUUUGGAGAUUACUAUGGUUGUAGCAUCAUCAAAGAACCUUCUCAUCCAUAAAUCGUAAUGACUAAUUGGCAAUUAAGUCCCAUGGCUAUUUUAGUUAUAGAUAUACACUGCUUGACAAAAAAAUGUGAAGCACCCAGAAGGAUGGAGGGGGAAUGGAAUGAAAAUUAAAAUUGAGUCAAAUUUAUAAAUAACAUGGUAUUAUGAUCCCAAUUAUCAGUAUGACAUUUUACCCCCUCUGGCCUGAAUGCAUGCACUGAUUUGGUUUGGAAGUCAAUGUAGCCUCUCCUGAGGCAAACAUUGCCCUCCACAGGUGCUGCAACUGAUCAUUGAUUACCUGGAUAAUGGCACUACAACAGGGUUGAUGUGCAAGCUAGGUCCACACAUGUUCUGCUGGAGAUAGAUCUGAGAAGUGCCUUAAUAUCAUGUGACUGUUCAGAGAGACACAUCCCAUACAUGGAUGAGCAUUGUCAUUCUGAAAUAUGAAACCAUGAUACUGUCACUUGAAACGUAGCACAUGAGUACACAGAAUGUCCAUGAUGUUCUGAUGUGUCAUCAGAGUGCCCUCAGUCACUACCAGCCAUGACCUGAAGUUGUACCCAAUGGCACUCUACAUCAUGGCAUCAAUAACACCACUUUGCCUGCCCACAACAUUGGAAGAGUGCAAGGUGACCAUAUUUUCUAGACCCAAAUUUGGGACACAUUAAAAAAAUAUGUUGCAUAAAUAAAGAUAUUAAUCAAAUGUAAUAAAUGCAAAAAAAUCACUUUAAUUUGUUAUAAAAAGUGCAUUAAUGUAUAGUUUACUAGUACCUUCUAUGAUGAAGGAACAUGAGCAGACGUACUGUAUGUAACAGUGCAGUGUGAAUGUUCUUCAACAGCAUAUGAAAAAACGUACUGAUACAGGUAAAAUAAAUAACUAAUUCAGGAUAAAUUGUUUCAUAAAAGUUAAAUUCAGGACAAAUAGGAGUCGUGAACUACCUUUGAAAUAGUUUGAGUCAGAGCUACAAAAAUCAUGACAGUUCCAAAAAACAAAAUGGGACAGGUGGUCACCUUAGAAGAAUGGGUUCCCUCCCCAGGUCACCACCACAAUCACCAACGAUGGUCAUCCAGGAUGACAUAGAAUUACCAUUCAUCACUGAAAACAAUGUGAUGCCAUUCAUUGUUUAGUCCAUGCUUCCUGGUCACAUCACCAAUCCAAACACAGCCAUUUGCAUUGCGGUGUCAACAGCAGACCACAAAGGGGAGCAGAGGGGGGGGGGGGGGGGGGGCAAUAUUCCCUGGUCUGCCUGCUGCAAGCCUACAACCACUGGUGUGCAAUGACACAGAAUGUCAUGGUGUGCCCAUUCUUGUUUUUGGAUGGCAAGCACAGAUGUGAAGGGAUUACAGUGUGCUUGGUGCACAAUAUCACAAUAUGGCAAUCCUACCUUGUGGUAAUCAGAUUGGGUCAACAAGAACCCUGACAAUGAGUAGGCCUGGCUCACAUUCCCAAGUAGUCCAGCAUCAAGGCACUGUCACAUUUGAAUGCCACACAAAUCUGGAUAUUCUAUGAUUUGGCCAGCUGGCCAAAUGGAGACACACAAUGAGGCUCCUAACAAGCCCUAUCAGAUACUGAUAAUACUGUCUCAUGCAAGUAUGCUGUACCUGUGGGUCCUUCACAGUGCUCGCCCAACAUCCGACACUGUUCACACCCUUUGUAUACUCUGCCAUGCCUUGUAACAACAUUAAACAUUAACAACAUUCAUGCUCUCUGGUGACUGUUCUGCGUGUAACAGAGAACUGCAACUCAAAACAUUCACACACCUGCUGACACUGUUUACAUGUGCAAAGUUACAUUGACAUCUGACCAUAUGUUGUGGAUGCUUCACUUUUUUUGUCAGGCAGUGUAAUUAUUAUGAGAAAAACCAACUGGGGAACUACUAAACCUGAGACAGAAAUUUCUGGUGGAGAGGGUUAAAAGAAAGAGGUGUUUACUCAAAACUUCAGGAUGAGAUAGGUGAGAUCCAUUAUGAAUCUGGAUUGAGGACAUACUGUUUCUUCUUAUUGUCAGUCUCUCCAGCAACAAAUAGACUUAUUGUUGAAUUCAGUGCAUAUGUCCAUGGUAACGUGAAAGGACAUAAACUGUUUCCAUCUGCUGUUUCUGAAAGGGAGAGGAGCAUAACAGACUAUUUUUACUUCAAAAGUUUAUUCAACAGCCCAAGACAUUCACUGCAUGUCAUUAACAGAUUUUGAACCAUGAAUAAAGUGCUUCUUUAAGCAAAUUAAUUCACAUGUAUAGAGCUCAACAUCAUUACCAUGGUUUGUGAAAAUCACUUUGCACCUAACUAAAUUAGGUUUCUUUUCCCUGACAGAACUGUAAUGACAGCCAUCUGUUGUUCCUGUACCAUAAGCAAAUAUGGACCUUAAUUUGAUCUUAAAACUAGAUAAAAUGACUGAUACCUUGCUCACAUUUAAUUUAAAGCUAGAAGAGAUUUUGUUUUGCACAUAGUUGUGAUGUAAUCAUAAAGACAAGCAAUUUACAGCAUAAUGUAGAAAACUUAGUUAUUUAGUUGUUUUGGGUAAAGAGUAAUUAGUCCAAAGUCAAACAGUUUGGCAAAGUGUGGAUCAAAUAAAAAGUGUAGUAUGAGACAUUUCAUUAAUCUGUAGUGACUCUAUACUGUAGCAAAUAGAAUGUUUGGUUUUAGAAAAUGAAACAAAGAGAAUUAUCUAUAAUUAAUGCAGGCACUAAUACAAAUGGCAUUGGGACAGCUUAACCAUAAGAGCUUGAUCCAGUUGUGCUUGGUUAUUAUCCAAAUGUGCACUAGUAAUAUUAAUCAAACAGUACAGAGCAACUGUUGUAAAGAAAUUUGUUACAUGUUUCAAGGAAAUUACAUUUUCUUCAGAGUCAAUUACUUUCACAUUAAUAACUAAGUUUUCUGUGUUUUACUGUGCUACAGAGAGAAAGAGGGAGGGCUGACUAAUUCAAAGCUUGUAUUUUUUGUAGUGUUGUUAAAUGUUGCCAGUGACUGAUUUCUUUAUGUAUUUUUGUAUUAUUGUUACAUUAGUUUUGAUAGAAUAUUGUCAAUAAGUUAUUUAUUUAUUUAUUUAUAAUUGUGCUUGUGACAUUUUAUCAUGUACUAUGUGUAUUUUCUGUUUCUAAAACCAA